AUGCCGAAGUCUGUGAAGAGUCACAUGAAAGACCCCACAAGAAUCUCAAGGAGGAAUAUUGGAAGAGAAAUCUCAAGCGGCAGACAUUUCUUGGACACUGUAACAAGGACCAGAGAAUUCGAAAUUGGCAUGAUUGAAAGGAAGAAGAAUCUAAUGGGCAGAGUCCAUGACCAGUUACUAAAUGUACUAAGAGAGAGGAACGAAUCAUACCAAGAUUUUCUACAAUUUCUGAAUGGAAAUAAGAAUAUCCCGCGAGAUCGGAAGGUGGAUCUUUCAUGGUGCGUCACAAGCCAGAGAUCAGAGUUGAUGAGACACGAUAGAGACUGGAACAUAACAAUGGACAAACUGCUCCGGAUUGAGAAAGAACCAGAAGAUAGCGAGGACGACGAUUGUUUUGUCCCACGGAAAUUGUUUUUCUUCCACGUGGACACCUUCAAACGGACAUUUCCUGAUCAGGUAGAGGGUUUGUGUGUUUUAAAUCAGAUUCAUAAGAAAAAUUUUACCCGCUAA